AUGGCAGCCCAGCAGGCUCAGCCCUUCCGUUGGCACUACGACGAUCUCGACGACAAGAACUUCCACGUCCACGGCGGCGCCCUCCUUAACCUCAUCCUCCUCAUCUCCGUCUCCGUUCUCCUGUCGUCCACACUUGUGUGCCUGCUCGUGAGGUGGGCGUAUCGCCACAGCCGCAGGACGGCGGAAACAGGCUCGGUGAGCAUGGCGCCGGCAGCCGGCCUCGAACCGCAGAUCAUCGGUAGCUUCCCGGUGCACCUGCACCGAGCAUCGGGGACCGGCGAGGAGCCGCAGUGCUCGAUAUGCCUGAGUAGCGUGAUGGAGGGGGAUAAGAUGAAGGUGUUGCCAAGCUGCGGCCACGGGUUCCAUGUGGAGUGCAUCGACGAGUGGUUACGGGCUCAGACGAGCUGCCCGCUGUGCAGGGCGUCGCUCGGUGAAUCAUCGCAGGCCGCGGAACAGGAGGCUGUGGCCUGA